UAUUCCAGUCAUAUGAAAGAUGUUGCUUCCUAAUGAGCGAGUGACUAUUAAAGAAAGAAAACAUGACUAUCUUUACGAUCCAUUAUACAGCCUUUCAAGUGCAGCUGACCAUGAACGGGUUGCAACUAAAGAUCAUUUAGAUGUGUCGAAAAUGCGAAAAUUGUUCUCCUUUCAGAAUUUGUUCAGUGAAGUACCUAUAUAUCGUCCUUAUAUAUGGCAUCUAAAUCAAAGUGAUCCCGUACCUAUGUUGGCGUCUAGAUAUUUCCACCCUGUAGAUGUUUGCAAAAAGUUAAUCCAAAUAAGUCAGCUUAAAAAAAACAAAGAUCCAAUGAUUGGUCAUGUGUUUGAGGGUAUGGAUCGGUCGAAAUAUUUCACCUAUCAUACCUUAUCUCUUUGUCCAUAUCCUUCAGGAAAUCCGAAAAGUAUGAAUAUUACGUUGGACUCUUUAGCAGGAAAUCAAAAUAUCACCCAAAUAGAUCUAAGGCCGAAACCACCUGUCUAUGUAUCACGUUAUGUGCAGACAAUGUAUCGUGAUUCAGAGGCGCAAACUGACCCAUAUUCUCCAUUGUAUGUUGUCAAUACAGGGGAAAACCCGGAGACACUGAAAUUAACUUCGUUGAGUUAUGGAUAUGGACUUCCAGUCGGAUUAUUUGAUGUUGAAAGAAUUGAACGUGCAAGACAAAGACGAGAAAUUGAAGCAAAUUUACCGCCGUAUAAAGAUAUUGCAAAUAAUCUGGUACAAAUCGCCAAACGAUGUAAAAUUUUGGAAGGUUUAGAAAAUCGUGAAUGGUACUUCAGAGAAAGAGAGGUUGAAGCAAUGCAAGAAGUUCGACUGAAUGUAAUCGUUCAACUUUUACGUAGACGUGAACAACGUAAACAAGGAGUCAUAUCUAGGCGAUUAGAUCAGAAAUGGAGCGAAAGUUGUGCACAGAAUGAGACAAAAUGCAGAGCUAUAAGACAUCGUUAUAUUGGAGAGUUACGCAAAUUAUUGAAACUUCGGUUAGCUGCUAAAGAAUAUAAAUUUAAACGUGAUAUGAUAAUGGAUUAUGCUAAACCAUCAUCUCAAGUUUUUGCUCCACUCACGCGCCUUGGUGUAUUUCCAGAUCGUAGUUCUGAACGUUAUGUUGUAAAAAAUAUAUAUUCAUCGCGUUAUGAAGGUCUACUUACUUUAGAAACCAGUUUGCCUCGAUUUGCAUUCCAACCAAGAAUUAGAUUACAACUACCAAAACUACACACAAAAGAUGGAUUUUUAAAACGUGAAUAUCGCCAUCAAAAAGAAUUAGCUGAAUUACACGAUUAUUUGCAAAAACCCUCAGUAAGUGAACGAAAUACCGCUCUAAGAAAACCACGAUUUUUACAAAAGAUUGAAAAACCUAUGCCACGUCCAAUAACGUCAGAUUAUAUAACAAUAAAAAGUGAAGAAUCUGAAAGACAAGAAGUAGCUGUAAUUAUGUUGCAACAAUUAAUUCGCGGGCGUGCAAUUCAGACUCAAAUGUAUGAGGGUAAACGAAAACGUAGUGAAUUAAUUGUUGAGUCAAGGUCAACGCAUGCUCUGUUAGAAGAUGAACAAGCUCAAAAAAAACGUGAAAAAUUAACAAUUUUAACAAAACAAGAAGAUUUCAGUCAUCUUUUGCAUCAAGUAAAUCAUUUUAUUUAAAUUCAUCAACGUUAUAUUGAUGUGAUUAGAAUGCAUUAAUCCAUCAUUUUUACCAUACCAUUUCAUUCCACAGUUGAUUAUCUAAAAACACGCGUGCUACAGUGAAUUGUGCUGAAAAUGACCUUAAAUCUUAUUUCCGUACUUUUCUCGUAUGCUAAACAACAACUCGGUGGACUCUAGUGCGAAUGACACAUAAAGGUGACAUGUUAUCACAUUAUCGUAUGACUUAGUCCAUUAAUUAAAUCUGUUAGUUAUAGAUGCUUAAUUGUAUGAUAGGAUAAAUAUAUGUUGACAAAGUAGUUUACCGGAUAAUUCGUGUUAAACACCACUGAAUGCAAACUAUACAAAUCUGACUGGAUCAGUCACAUAAAGUGUGAUGUAUUUCUAAAUCAUUUUGAUCUUUUUUCUCGGUCAAAUAAAUCCAUACCAGCAGUCUUUGUGUUUUCACUGCACAUCACUAGAUUUACGGUUUUCAGCACCAAGCACAAAUCAGUUAAUCAUUCAUUGGAACAAAAAUGCUGAGGUUAGUGUUCCUUUAAAUCUGCUUUUCAGGUGACUAUUAUGUGUUGUUCUACAAAAAGCAUAAUAUGUUUUCACUGAUCCCACGCUUGACUUACGUUUCAAGAAGGGUGUUUAAUUUAUUUACAAAAUAUCAUAUCAGAAAUAUUCACUUUAUAUAGUUAUCGCAUACAAAAAAUGUUUUCUACAAUGUGACUGUCAUGUACAACGAAAUGAAAAUUUUAUGAGGAAGCGAAUCGGAAAAAACCACUUAAUCAAAAAAAGUAAUAUUAAAGAAGACAGCAAAACAGGUCAGAAUCAAUCUCGUCUCGUUUGUUGAGAAUACAGUGGAGACUUAUAGCAAUGUCGUCACUGUUUUCAAUUUCUAGUCAUGUCAGAUGAUUUUAAAUACCGCAAAGUUUUACAAUCCAAGGGGUUUUGACGUACCCAUUAGACGCUAACAAUCUCUCACAGUGAUAUUUCAAAUGGUUAAACUCUUCGUUAUUUCUAUUUAACCCCAUCAUCAUAGGAUGAAGCUUGUCAUAAAAACCAAUAAGACAACUUUUAAAGGAAUGUUUGAACUCCUGAAUUCGACUUUUCAAGGUUUUAUCUGUUAUAAAAUGAUGGUUUACACUGUUUGAAUACAAGAUAUCAGGUCUCAUCAUUACUCACAUUUUGCAACCACUAAACCCAUGUUAUCCUUAUUGAUCAACAAGUUAACGAAAAGAUUAAAUUAGUCGUAAUUUUUACUGUCUGUCUAUCAUGACUUAAUUAAAUUUAGGAAUGCACAGCAUCAAAUGUCAUCUCUGUGAUCAACAGCUCGCUUGGACCUCUAAAGUCACCUGGGUUUGGUCAAUAGCAGGGUAGUGAAUAUGCAAUACCAAGAAAUUCCUUACUAAAUAGAAAUGGCCGUCCAAUGCUUCCUCAUUUUUAGUAACUAUUAGCUAACUUCACCUCACUAAGGGAAUUAUGUAAAUCCAUAUUUAAAAAUAUCAAUUAAAACCAACCGAAUGAGGAUAAUGACUAGAUUUUUUAUGUAAUCAAGUGAAUUUCUUACAAAUGACGUUUUCGGCCGUCUGUCUGAGUGUAACUUAUUUGUAUUGAUUUAAAACUGAGGUGUUAUAUAUGACAAACUACUAACGAACAAUAUAUAUAUUAUUUACCUUUUAUUAAAAGGAGCGUUUAGUAGAAGAUAUCUU